GGAAAAAUGACUUGUCAUGCACAAAGUAGAUGUCCUAUCCGACUUGCCAAAACUAUGGUUUGUUAACAAGAAAUUUGUGGAGUGGUUGAAAAACGAGUUUUAAUGACUCCGACCUAAGUGUAUGUAAACUUCUGACUUCAACUGUACAUACACUGACCAAAAAGUUAUUUUGUUGGCAUUUAUGUAUGUCCCCAUUACCAGUAAAACAUAAUCAACCUAUUUAUUUCACUUAUUUGCUGUGCUGUUUCGUUGUUCUUUCUGAACCAGGACUUCAUCUUACAUGUCAAGCAGUGAAGUUUCAGCUCUGUCUGUCCGUGGCCUUUCUUCCUCAUUGCGCACUGUCAGUGUGUCCGUUUUCCAUCUUGUCCAGCUGUGUCUAACAUUUCAUGUAAACCCCGUUUCUUGUCUGCAUCGAAGUAGUGGUCCUUCUACCUAGCAUCGAGCAUGGUGCCCAUAGGUGACGUUGUUGCUGUCCUGUCAAGAGGCUCAGAGAGACUGCCAACGAUUCGCUUGUUCACAUCCUCUAGUGGACUUCUUUUGCAAGUUUUAACCCCACAGUCUGUGUCAGCAGUUUUGUUGAGCGGGCGUUUCAAUGUCUUGACGGAGGGUAUCACGUCUGCUGCAGACGCAGUUCAUGAGGUUAUUUCUCCAGUCAGUUGGAGCUAGGGGUGUGUGUUUGUUUUCAAUGAGAGUCCACUGGUUUGUACUGAUUGUUGCCUGUAACUCCUAGGUGGCUGAGUACACACCAAGCACUUGUUUUUGUUCCAGCAGGCUCUCCAUCAUGUAAAAAAGUACUGUUCCACCUGGUGGAAACGUCUUGCUUAAGCCUUUUCGUUUUCACUCCAAGCUGCUCCUGUAAGCUAGCGGUGAGUGUUUAAAAUGACCCGCUGUCUUCCUACCUGUUGCCACUGUGUCAGAUAUGCUGCGUUGAGCCAAAACACCUUCAUUUGCAGAGUGUGCCAUGUAUGGCAAAUUGGCGACUCCGCAUUCUUCCAAAGCCUUUGUCAUGUUACGUGCAUUAUCACGUAGCCCGUGUGUACUUUGUUCUUGGAGAUUUUCCUAGUUUCAAACAUGUUCUCCAAUGCCACUGAAAUGGCAGCAUCGGUAUGAGAACCAGCACAUUCUUGAGCAUGCAAUACAGCGUUCCUCAGUACGAAAUGUGCUGUCAGACUCUGCAUGCUCAUGGGGCUGACAUCGCUGGUCCAAAUGUCAGUCGUGAAGCUUAUAGCAGUGACUCCCAUAGCAAGUAGCUCAAGGAUGUGCGUUUCAACUAUACUGUGUAACUCCUGUAGGGUAACAUCUGAAAAAUAGAGCCUACUUGGUAGUGUGUUCCCGGGGCUUGAGAUACUCGACCAGUCAGCGAAAGCCAACAUCAUCCACGACCGAGAACAGUUGAUUGUCAAAGGCAAUGAAUUCCAUUAUCUUGACGUUAAUGGAUUUCGCCUUUUUGAGGUGUCUCGCAGAAAUGGUAUUUUUCUUUCAAGUGACUGCUGGACUUCAACUUGUUUAGUUGUUGGAUGUGAGCGCUUAGUUUUCUUCUGCUUUUGUUCUAAGUAGUCGCUGAACGUCUGGGGGUGAUGCACUUUCAAAUGAGUAAUUAGAUUUAUGGUAUUGAAAGAUUUCACUUUCUCCCCUCGGGAAAUAAUUAGCAGAAUAACUUUGCAUAUGGCCUUUUUGUUAUCUUCCUUUUGAAACUUAAAUAUAUCCACUCAGCAGACAUUGUGGGCAAGGGUAGGAAUGCUCUGUUUCGCACGUGCAGCGCUGGUUUUUUUUCGUGCCGUCAGUACGUCAUCUACCUACGUUAUACAGGUAUGCACGUCAGCCUUGACAUCGGUUUUGCACGUCGGCGUUAAACUACACAUAGAGCCGAUGUUGCCAUUUUUAGCUAAUGUCAGCCUAUUCCGUUAUCGUGCAUCCCUAGAAAUUAACAUGACAUUUUCUGGCAACAGCUCUGCUGGACAUUCCUGCAGUCAGCAUGCCAAUUGCACACUCCCUCAACUUAAGACAUAUGUGGCAUUGUGUGAUGACAAAACUGCACAUUUUAGCUUAGCCUUUGUCCCCAGCACAAGGUACACCUGAUCAUGCUGUUUAAUCAGCUUCUUGAUGUGCCACAAAUGUAAGGUGAAUGGAUUAUCUUAGCAAAGGAGAAAUGCUCACGAACAGGGAUCUAAAUACAUUUGUGCACACAUUUUGAGAGAAAUAAGCUUUUUGUGCAUACGCAAAAUCCUGGUUUAGGGGCUAGAGGUAGUGUUUUGGACAGGGACAUGGUAGACUUGUUCGGCCAUCCUGAUCUCUCUGUUUGGCUAUUAAAAUGUGUGCAGUGGUCAGGAUGGUGUGUCAGGCCUAAAGCUUAAGGAUGCUACAUUAGGAUUGAUUUGUUAUCUUCAGUGCUCCGCUCCGAGAUUAACCAGUCUGUCCAGGGAGACAGACCGUUGAUGCUCCACCAUCUCAUUAACACAUUGUAAUGACAAGAAGACCAAUUGCACUUCCUUCAGAAUCUCUGACACUUUAACAGAUUUAAUUGGUUUUCUAUGUAACAAUCUCAGCUAACAGCAAUGGCGAUGUCCCUUUUGCUUUGGGGAAAUAAAAAGUAUCUGUCAUAAUGGUAUAGUAGAGAAGGAUGACUACUGAAUGUGAAAACAUAGACCAGGCACAUGGAUAUAUACUGUACAUGCAGAAAACUGCUACACACCUUUUGGCUUGGCUGAGGCCAUGUAGGUUGGAACAGGCCUAUAAGGGCAUCAUAAGGCAAUGCUGGGGGAUCAGAGCAAUCAUGUUGUUGUUAGGAGUUAGUUUACUGUCACCAUAGUUGUAUUCAUGGAAAAGCCCACUUGCAUGUCAACUAUAGCCAUUACAUACUACAAUUUGUUUAAUGUUUUAUUUAUUUUAUUUAACUUGGCAAGUCAGUGGGUGAUGGAUUUGGUGCAAUGCGAACACCAAUCGUUCACUCGUAGCCUACCCCUCAUCCCCACGCACUCUGCCGGCUACAUGGACAAUAGAGGACAGCAGCCUCCCACUCCCCGUUAUUGGUAACAACAAAGGGGGCGGCCAGCAGGCAACGUGACUCACUAGAAUAGCGGUUCAGUUCAGACACACACACACACACCAACCGGAGUCAUCUUUCGAUCAAGUAGCAUAGCCUAAACAGAAUCUGAAGAGGUAGAAUUAAUUGUUCUAAACCAAAAAGAGACGGGAUAACGAGGAAGCUCCCGUUCAAUUACGUCAAAGAGAUUAGACUAUUCUGAUAACCUGCAGGUAGGCUGCUACGUGUGAUUGGUGGGAGACCUUUUGCAUUGGCGGCGCAGCGGGUUGUACGGAUUGGCUGAGCGAUGCAAGGUGGAAUUGGGCGACACUCAGGAAGAAACUCUGUGAUAUCAGUCCGAUUUCAGUCGGCACUAGACGGGGGGGCCGUAUCUCCUCACUGAGUCAGCACAAGGAGGUGAAAAACGGUGUCUAAUCACUUCGGUCUUCCCUGGCGGCGACAUGGCGAGGGAGAACGGAGAGUCGGGCGGGGAUGGAUCUUGGAAGAAGAAUGUCGACGAUAUCAAGCAUGUAUUCGAGUUCAAAGAAGUCCUUGGAACUGGUGCAUUCUCUGAGGUGAUCAUGGCCAGGGAGAAGGCCACAGGGAAGAUGGUUGCAGUGAAGUGCAUCCCUAAGAAAGCACUGAAGGGAAAAGAGACCAGCAUUGAGAAUGAAAUCGCCGUGCUUAGGAAGAUAAAACAUGAGAACAUUGUGGCUUUGGAGGACAUCUAUGAGAGCUCCAACCACCUAUACCUCAUCAUGCAGUUGGUGUCUGGUGGCGAGUUGUUUGACCGCAUCGUAGAGAAGGGCUUCUACACAGAGAUGGACGCCAGCAGGCUCAUUAAACAGGUGCUUGACGCUGUCAACUACCUCCACGACAUGGGCAUCGUACACAGAGACCUCAAGCCAGAGAACCUGCUUUACUACAACCCCCAUGACGAGGCCAAGAUCAUGAUCAGUGACUUUGGUCUGUCUAAGAUGGAGGGGACAGGAGACGUGAUGGCCACUGCCUGUGGGACGCCAGGAUAUGUGGCCCCAGAGGUUCUGGCUCAGAAGCCCUACAGCAAGGCAGUGGACUGCUGGUCUAUCGGAGUCAUCGCCUACAUUCUGUUGUGUGGUUACCCUCCAUUCUAUGAUGAGAAUGACUCUAAGUUGUUUGAGCAGAUACUCAAGGCAGACUAUGAGUUUGAUGCACCAUAUUGUUAUCUGUCCCCAAGGUUGUGUGGUUACCCUCCAUUCUAUGAUGAGAAUGACUCUAAGUUGUUUGAGCAGAUACUCAAGGCAGACUAUGAGUUUGAUGCACCAUAUUGGGAUGAUAUAUCGGAUUCAGCCAAAGAGUUCAUCAGCUCUCUGAUGGAGAAGGAUCCACAGAAGAGAUUCACCUGCGACCAGGCUCUAGCCCACCCCUGGAUUGCUGGGGACACGGCUCUCUGCAAGAACAUCCAUGAAUCAGUCAGUCGGCAGAUGAGGAAAAAUUUUGCCAAAAGCAAAUGGAGGCAAGCGUUUAACGCCACGGCAGUGAUUCGUCAUAUGAGGCGCUUGCAGCUGGGCAGUAGUCUGAACAGCAGCUUUGGCAGCAGUAUGAGCUUUGACCAACCGGGACCGAACUCUAUGCUGGCCAAGAGCAUGUCUGUAGACUGUGCCACCCUCUCACGCAAAGAUGGUCCUCCACAACCUCUGCCCUCUCUGCCUCUCUCCACUGCAGCCUGCAGUGCCCCUGCCAGCAUCAGAGGGGAACCACAGGCAGAACUACAGGUUGCGGCUACAGCUGCAACGGUGGAGCCACCCCGGCCACGCCCCUCCACAGUCACCACCAUCCACAUGGGGACUAAAUGACGUCAGGUUCCGCGGGAGGUCAGUUGGGAGACCACAGAGCUUUGAGUCGGUAUUCUAAUUCAGCCCCUCAGAAUUCCAGAAUUUCUCUCCUAGUCUCCCAUCCCGCCCAUUAUCAGCUGUUGGGAUUGAGAACUUGAGGACUCUGUCUGUACCCAACCACAGUAAGUGUAUUCAGAGAUGUGAAAUAAAAUGGAGAGCUCACAGGAUUUCCUAUUCUAUCAAACAGACAAUCAUAUCUGUUCUACAUGAUACAUGCCUAUUUGAACAUUCUACUUCCUAACGGACCACAGGUCUGGUGGUGAAGAGAUGAGGAAGACCACUGUCUCUCUCUCUCUCUGUCUACUGACCAGAGGGUUUAGUUUCCCAGUGUUUAAAUUGGGUUGGUGCACUCGGUACGGAGUAAUUGCAACACAAAAUGUUCACCUCUUAUAGAAUGUUCACUCUAAAAUAUGAACACGGACAUUGAAAAUAUUGUACUGUAAAAUGAAAAUGAGCCUGGCUCCUGAAAUGAAUACCGGCAUCUUUGUCAUUCCACUUCAAGCACUGCCGUGUUGUAAGACUGUCCUCCAGAAGACAAGAAGACCUGUUUUGUAUGGGACAUUGGUGGUGUUAUGAGGCCACACUAUGCUAGGUUGAAGAUGGAGAAGGUUAAGACAACGUAAUAAUUCCGUGCAGAUGCGUUCGAAUAUAAACAAAUUCAUUGGACCAGCGCUGGAGCGAAAAUGACUGGAAGUGAAUGUUAGCAGUUCAGAAAGUUUGCCAUCAAAGUGGAAAAUAAACACAAUCGUAGAGAAUAUCUGUUAACUACUCAGCCAACAAAUAACUGAACUGUUUUACUGUCAUUCUAUUCGUUUAAACGUUUUUUUAUUUUUUUAAAUGAGCUACAGACAUUUUACUACUUGAUUUCCCAACCGCUGGUCACGUUUUCAAUGCUUAUCUCCUGUAAUAUCAGCAACAGCACUGGUCCAAUGAAUGUGUUUCUUUUCAAAUGCUGCCGCAUGGAAUUAUUACGUUUUCUUCUCCUUAUGGGAACUCACCAUGUUUUUAUUAGUCUUUGUUAUUGAGACUGCUGUGAUUCUGAGACUGUGAGUGUCAGGGGCAUCACGCCCUCUAUGCCUUGUGUUCAAAAUUGCACCCUGAAACCAUUGUGAGGAGUUACUUUUAUGAAACUGAAACAGCAUUCAAGGCUAAAAUAGUGAUGACUUCUUAUCCUAAUUUCUAGUUUUCAUUUUUAGCUGCAGUUAAGGUUGAGUAAAAUCACUGGUUCAUUAUUCCCAACUGUAGGGCAAAGCGGUUAUAUAUAUAUAUAUAUAUUUGCUUUAUGUUUUCUGGAUAUAUAAUGUCAGAGAAACACAUCUAUCUGCAGAAUCAUACACACACCUGUGAAUGAAGUGCUUUACUGGUGUGAGACAACUGGCAAGAGCAGUUGUGACGGUAAUGCCGGUUGUGACAGUUAUGCAUAUUCAUCGUACACUUUUCCUGAUUGAAAGGUAUUGAAUGAUUUAUUUUCUUACUCUGACUCUUGUAAGAACUUUACUUACAGGGGAAAGAAAAUGGUAAAUGUGUCACAAGACUUUUACGUUGUAAUGUAUAAACAGUCAGAUAUGUUGUCAGUAGUAGGUUGAAAUGUAUAGUUGUUACUUAUGAAUAAUUGCGAUGUAACUGUGAUGCCAUCCUUAGCAUAAGGAUAGCAUAGCUUUGUGACGUGUUCUCAGGGAGAUACUCUGAUAAUUUGAUGAAAUGAAAUCCCAGUUAUGAUGCUGAGGUUGACAUUUAUGAUGAUGAUGAUGCAUGUAUUGACUAAAGCAAGCUUUGCAUAUUCUUACGUGUCCCGUCAGGACAGUUCAGCUCAUAAUUAAAACAAUUUGGUGGGGAUGAACCUUACGUGGAAUGGACAGUUUGAUAUAUCCCAUUUUGGGGGCAUUGUUUAAAAAAUAAUAAUCGGGAUGAGACUGAAAUGAUGUGUAUUAUAACAAUGACCUCUGCAAUAGAGUUGAAUUUAAACACAUAUGACAAACUAAGGAAUAAAGAUUGAAGUCAUUUGAUAAUCAGUGCGCCAUUGCAGAAUAAUUUUGUAGGAGCCUGUGUAGUAUAGCCAACUUUAGUUACCUGUGCUGCUUUGCUUCUUCCCCCCCAGGUGCUGGCUGUUCCCAGAAGUGCUCACACACUGUUUGGUCAGUGUACUUUCAUACCCAUCCUUUGAAUUUAGCAGCCAGUUGCUGUCUCUCUCACUGUCCUCACUCUCUGUCUUUGCUCCUCUCUCCCAAAACAAACGGUCUUCACGCUGCAAGGAGGAGGGAAAUCUGUCUAGCAAGCGUUUUUACCUGUGAUACCACUGCUUAAUAUUUCACUGUUCGACAUGGAUGGAACCAGGGUUGAUUUCAUUUCAUUCAGUUUACUUUCUGAAUUGACUUUAUUUAAAAUGAUAUUGACCCCCCCAACCCUGGAUGCAACUUAAAAGCUUGAAAUUAGUAUGUUUCGAUGUUGAGCACAAUUGUAGAUCUCAAUGUGCAAUGUUGAUGUAAAAGGACUUGAAAAACUACUUCUCAGGGGCAGUAAACUAUGAGUAUAGAUAUAUGUUCAUGUUGAUGUAGAUCCUCUUGUCCUUUUGUAGAUAUACAUCUCAGUAACCAUAUUUGCUUGGAUUGCAGUGUUUAUUGAUUUUCUACGUUACAAAUACUGUAUGUUCUCUUCAAAAACAGCAUGAUACAAAGCACGAAAUAUAAAGCUUUUACAAAGCAUGCAUGAAAAGCACUUUGUUUGAGAGAUACUGUGUAUAUAGGUUGUGAUAAAUUGGACUACAAGAUGACUAACUCUUGAAUAAAAUCAAAUAAAAAGUAAGAAUAUACUUAACUCCA